AUGUCGGCCAGCCAGACAGCCAUGGCAACAGCCGUGGCGACGGCACAUGCGACGUUCCGUGAGCACAACCCGGUGUCGGCCGAGGUGCACGCCAAAGCAGCAGAGCACAUGCCAGGCGGCAACACGCGGACGGUGCUAUACGCAGAGCCGUUCCCGGUUGCGAUCGCGUCGGCCGAUGGCAACACGCUGACGUCGGCAGACGGCCGGACGUACGUCGACUUUCUGGGCGAGUUCAGCGCCGGCCUGUUUGGCCACUCGCACCCAAAGAUCGCGGCCGCGCUCGAAACGGCCAUGCGCGGUGGCUGGAACUACGGCGGCGAGUCGCUGUGCGAGAAGACGUUGGCAGCUCGCGUGACCGAGCGCUUUGCCGCUGGCGGUCUCGAUCUCGUCCGCUUCACCAACUCGGGCACCGAGGCCAACACGUUUGCCAUCGGCGCCGCCCUCACCUUCACCGGCCGCCAAUCGAUUCUCGUCUUUAGCAGCGGCUACCACGGCGGCACCUUUAUCUUUCCCAUGAACCUUUGUCGCUGGAUGCAUGCCGGCGGCAAGGCCACCGGGACCGAGCCACCGUGCCACACCAUGAACCUGCCCCACGAUUUUGUUGCCGCUCCGUGGAACAACGUGGCCGAGACCGCCGCCAUCGUCGAUCGCCUGCCGCCCAACAGCCUCGCUGCCGUGCUGGUCGAGCCGAUUCAGGGCUCUGGUGGCUGUCGUCCGGCCUCGCCGGCCUUCCUCCGGUAUCUGCGCCAGACGUGCGAUCGGCUGGGCGCCCUGCUGAUCGCCGACGAGGUCAUGUCGUCACGGCUCGGUCCUUCCGGCUCUCUCGCCACUCACGAAUACGGUCUCCGCGCCGACCUGCUCUCCUUUGGCAAGUGGAUCGGCGGCGGCAUGACCUUUGGCGCUUUUGGUGGCCGCCGCGACGUCAUGGCUCUCUUCGACCCUUCGCUUGGUCCCGAGCGCCGUCUCAUGCAUCCCGGCACCUACAACAACAAUGUCUUCACCAUGUACGCCGGCAUCGCCGGCCUCGAACUCUACGAUGCCGCCGCUGUCGCUGCCCUCAACGCCCGCGGUGACCGGCUCAAAACCGGCAUCACCAAGGCCCUCUUCGCCUCUGGUGCCUACCCCCAUGCCGACGACCCGGCGGCCAGACACCUGCACGACGUCCUCGAGGUUGACAGCUUCGCCGGCCAGACGCGUCUGUACGCUGGCGAGGACCAGCCGACCCUGCCGCUGCCCAAAGUCUUCCUCGCCAGCCGCGGCAGCAUGCUGAAUCUCCGCUUCUCUGGUCCCAGCGCCGGGCUCUGGCACAACCUCUACUACCACUUCAUGCUGGAACAGGGCAUCUACAUGGCCAGCCGCGGCUACACGCCGCUCAACCUCGUCAUCACCGACGACAACGUCGACAGCUUCAUCGUUGCCGUUGCCGCCUUCCUGGACAAGCACAAGGCCGAGUUGGCAGCCUAA